GCUCAACGGACGCCCACAACGGUUACUGGUUGGGGGCCACCAGCCCGGCGCCCAACCACGUCUGGCAGUGGAGCGACGGCACGGCUCUCCAAAUGGGCGCUCCUUACUGGGCGGCUAAUACCAGAGACAUCAAAAGAGAGCCCCAUGGCGGGACCGGCGAAAACUGUGCUCACAUCAAUCCUGAUCGGGGCUGGUCAAUUCAUGAUUUCGCUUGUGACAGAUCGAACGUUUAUCCUGUGUGCUCCAUUCUUCCUGUGCAUGGUUACAGCCCUGAUGGGUAUUGGAUCGGUGGAUCUGACUGCGCCCUGGAGGGACAAUGGCGCUGGACUAACGGUUCUCCGAUGGUCAUGGGGCUUCCAUACUGGGGAAUUACUGGCGAAGGAACACUAGAACCUGACCAACCUGGCGUGGAGAACUGCCUGGAACUCAGCACUCUGUGGAGGUACCGCUUCUCCAACACGCAGUGCACCAACACGCGACGGGUGAUUUGUGAGGCUCGUCCUUUGUAG